CCGGAUCUGCCCCCGCUCCGCCCCCACAGCUUUCUCCCGCCGCCCUCGUCUCUGCCGGGCCUGGGGCUGCCACCCUGCUCCUCCUCCUCCCUCCUCCUUCUCCUCCUCCUCCCUCCUUCCUUCUCUUCCUCCUCCAUCCCGUCUUGUCCCGUCCCGCCGGUGGUCGGUGGAAGCUGUGUGCUGCUGCUGCUGUCGUCGCUCACUGGGAGAGCGUGGGAUUGCUUCCUGGUUGUUACUGAGGGUUCAGAUCGUCGAUAGGGUAGUUCUGCAUGGAUUGGGAUUGGAGAAACACUACCCCCACUUCUCUCAGGUUGAACCGCGAAGAACUCCCGACUGUAAAAGGAAUUUCAUGGCUCCCAAAUGGCAGACUGAGCCUUAAUUUGGAAGUAAACUUGCCAAUCCCGGUCGAGCUUCUCUGAGACCGUGAAUCAGGAAUGAAGCCGCCAUUAUGCCGUCCAGCCCGGAAGCCCACUUUGGCAUCCAAGAACUGUUAACCAGCAUUAACUUGGGGCAGUACCUGCCCUGCUUUCUGGAGUCGGGGUACGUCACUAUACAGGAUUGUGCAGGAAUCAAUAACAGCGUGCUCCUGAAAAUAGGAGUGUUCCCCACUGGUCACCGCAGACGUAUCCUUAAGCAGCUGGAGAUCAUCUCCUCCAAAAUGCAGGCAUCAGCAAUCUACGCCUGUGUUCGGAAAGCCAAGAACAGAGUGGCUUUAAGGGACGUUCGGGCCUUCCCUUGCCCCCUGGAUAUGCCGUGUUCCGACGGAGCUCAGGAUGUCGAUCCAGAACCCCAGGAGGUAUCCGCCAAACCCUCUGACGAGACGGACAUCUGGGUGUUGAGUGCAGGAUCUCCCAAAUCUGAAGAUAAGCCCUCGCCCUCCAAACCCAGAACCUUUCCACUUCCCGAAGUUGUCUCUCCUCAGAAACUGGACUCUCUUCGAAACAAGACCUCCAACCUGGAAAGUAGAAGGAGCCCCACCCUCAACCCCAGGCAGACUCCUCCUCGUUCAGAGGAAGCGGGACCCUCCAAACAAGCAGAUUUGAACUUUGCCAGUCUCAAUCCUUUUCAGACCAAGGAACCGAUCCAGUUUUCUUCCUUCGGCUUUUGCGCCCCCAGAACCAGUCCUGACCAGGACCCCGAGCGUUCGCCUCCUUCGUUUUUUGAAUUCAAAGGAGAAAUGGUGGUGAAUGAUUUGUAUGUGUCAUCCACCAAGAGUAGGACGCCUGUGAGGAGCCGGAGUAAACUGGUUUCCAGGCCAACAAGGUCUUUCAUGUUACGACACCGGCCGGUUCCUGAAAUUCCAGCAUCAUCCAAGGGAUCGGUUUCAGGCAGUUAUCUCCGAGAGAGAAGAAAUGUUAGUAGUUCAUCUGGAAAGCCAAGCGCCCAGAAAAGCUCCCAAAAAGAUUCAAAGGACGAUAAAUCAUCACCAUCCAUCUUUCCAUAUGGUGAAAACUUUCUCUUGAAGAGCCCAGAAAUUUCCAAGAAAUCAAUAAGGAAUGAGUUCUGGACUGUUGAAGAAAAACUCAGAUGGGAAGCAACUGUUAAAAAAAAUUCCCUCAAUGGGAAAUCAAGCCGGUAUGAAAGCAAAGAGGAAAAAACAGGAGGAGAUAAAGUAGAAGACAUAUGGAUACCUCGGGAGGAGAAACGUGUUUUUUCACCAGCCUCGGCUUCAGAAUCUGAAUCUGAGUACUCAACCGUGGAAGAAUGUUUUCAGAGUUUACGGAGAAAAAAUUCAAAGGCGGCUAAAUCCCGGACUCAGAAGGCAAACUUAGAGCCUCCUGUAAAUAGGCACAGUUAUCCCCUCAGUUCUGCCAGCGGAUCCGCUGAGCAGCCCACGUUUACUCGAAACUCAAUAUCCCCCUACGCUUGUUUUUACGGAUCAUCGACGAGGAAGGUGAAAGCAGGAUGGCUGGAUAAACUCUCACCACAAGGAAAACGCAUGUUUCAGAAGCGCUGGGUCAAAUUUGACGGGCUGAGCCUUUCUUAUUACAACAAUGACAAGGAGAUCUACUCGAAGGGAAUCAUUCCCCUGUCUUCGAUGGAGACCAUCCGGGCUCAGGGAGAAAACAAAUUUGAAGUCGUUACAUCCCAAAGGGUUUUUGUUUUCAGAGUAGAAAAAGAAGAAGAGAGAAAUGACUGGAUCAGCACACUCCUAAACGCCUCGCAGUCACAACCCAUCGCCUCUCAGAUGGGAGCUGGAGGCCCUCCGGAGAAAUGCGGAUACCUUGAAUUAAGAGGCUAUAAAGCCAAAAUCUUCACUGUGUUGAGUGGGAGCAAUGUGUGGCUCUGCAAAAAUGAACAGGACUUUAAGGGUGGACUCGGCAUCACCAUAAUCCCGAUGAAUGUGGCAAAUGUUAAGCAAGUGGAUCGGCCUACAAAACAGUCUUUUGAGAUAAUCACUCCUUACAGGAGCUUUAGCUUUACAGCGGAGUCAGAAAAGGAGAAGCAAGAGUGGAUUGAAGCCGUCCAGCAAUCGAUAGCUGAGACUCUUUCCGAUUAUGAAGUGGCUGAGAAAAUCUGGUUCAACGAGUCCAACCGGAGCUGUGCUGAUUGUAAAGCGGCGGACCCUGAUUGGGCCUCCAUCAAUCUCUGUGUUGUCAUUUGUAAAAAAUGUGCAGGGCAGCACAGAUCAUUAGGACCUAAAGAUUCAAAGGUUCGGAGUCUCAAAAUGGAUGCCAGUAUUUGGAGCAACGAACUUAUUGAGCUUUUCAUUGUCAUUGGAAACAAAAGAGCAAAUGACUUUUGGGCUGGAACCCUUCAGCGAGAGGAAGAAUUGCAUGAAGACUCCCCAGUUGACAAGAGAAAGCUGUUUAUUACCCAAAAGUACAAAGAAGGGAGAUUCAGGAAAACUCUUCUGGCAUCUCUUACCAAGGAAGAAUUAAAUAAGGCUCUCUGUGCUGCUGUUGUUAAACCGGAUGUGCUGGAGACGAUGGCGUUGUUGUUCAGCGGGGCGGAUGUCAUGUGUGCCACGGGAGACCCGGUCUAUAGCACCCCAUACCUACUAGCCAAGAGAGCUGGCCAGGGCCUACAAAUGGAAUUCCUCUUCCAUAACAAAUUCUCAGAUUUUCCCCAACAUGAAAUUCAUCCGGAGAGUGGCCUGCCUCAAGACUCUUCACAUUCAACCUUCCUCUGUGACUUUUUAUAUCAUGUCUCUUCUACUGCUGCUAAGUUGUUUACGGAGAAAAAGAUAAUAGAAGAGACCAAUAAAAAGUGGUGUGUGUUAGAAGCAGGCUUCCUGAGUUAUUAUGAAAACGAGAAGGCCACUUCUCCUAAUGGCACGAUUAACAUCAAUGAAGUGAUCAGCCUGGCGGUGCACAAGGAGAAUUCCUAUUUAACCACUGGGGCCAUCUUUACCUUUGAAAUCUACUUGCCCUCAGAUCGCACGUUCUUAUUAGGUGCUGAGACCCUUCACUGUCAAAAGAAAUGGACCCAGGCGAUAGCCAAGCUUUUUGUCCCAGUAGUCGCUGAAAGCCUAGCAGAAGCAGAUUAUGAUCUGAUCGGACAACUGUACUACAAAGAUUGUCACACCCUAGAUCAAUGGAGAAAAGGCUGGUUUGCCAUAGACAAGUCCAGUUUGCACUUUUGUCUCGAACUUGAGAAUGCUCAAGAAGAUUUAAUGCAUCUGAGGAGACUCCAGGAGCUAACGAUCAGCACAGUGGUCCAAAAUGGAGAAAAAAUAGAUGUGUUGCUCCUGGUAGAAAAAGGAAGAACAUUAUACAUCCAUGGUCACACCAAGUCGGAUUUCACAGUCUGGCAUGCUGCAAUUGAAAAAGCAGCAGGUACAGAUGGUAAUGCAUUACAAGACCAGCAGCUCAGCAGAAAUGACGUUCCCAUUAUAGUGAACAGCUGCAUAGCAUUUGUUACACAGUAUGGCUUAGGGAGCAGGCACAUCUAUCAGCAGAAUGGCGAUCCAUGUCGGGUCAAUGAGCUCCUUGAAAGUUUCAAAAAGGAUGCCAGGAGCUUCAAGUUGAGGGCUGGGAAGCAUCAGGUGGAAGAUGUGACGGACGUCCUGAAACGUUUCCUGGCUGACACAGAUGAUGCCCUUCUCACUAAAGAGCUCUAUCCAUAUUGGGUCUCUGCACUAGACACCCAGGAUGACAAGGAACGUGUGAAAAAAUAUGGAGCUUUUAUACGCACCCUUCCUGUGGUCAACCGGGCCACACUGGCUGCUCUUAUUGAACACCUUUACAGGGUUCAGAAAUGCUGUGAAAUCAAUCAUAUGAACUCUCACAGCCUCGCCAUGGUGUUUUCAUCCUACAUGUUCCAAACAAAAGGACAAACAAGUGAAGAAGUCUCUGUUAUCGAGGACCUGAUUGACAAUUACGUGGAUGUCUUUGAGAUUAGAGAAGAUCAAGUCAAACAAAUGGACAUAGAGAAUAGUUUCAUCACCAAAUGGAAGGAUACCCAAGUGUCCCAGGCCGGAGACUUGUUGAUUGAAGUCUUUGUGGGAAGCAAGUCGCCCGAUCUCAGUUCCAUCAUCAGGAUAUCUCCUGUCACAGAGGCAGAAGAGCUAACCAAUGACGUGAUGGCCAUCAAAAACAUCGUCCCUACCAAGGGGGAUGUCUGGGCGACGUUUGAGGUCAUCGAAAAUGAAGAACUAGAGCGCCCUCUGCACUACACAGACAAUGUGCUGGAACAAGUGCUCCAGUGGAGUUCACUGGCAGAGCCCGGAACUGCCUAUCUCGUGGUGAAGAAGUUUCUCACCAUGGAUGUCAUUCAACACUAUAAUGAGAGGAAUUCAGUGGAAAGUGUGAAAGAAGGAUUCUUGAAAUUCAAAGAAGAACCAUCUAAAAUACUGUCCGGAAGUAAAUUUCAAGAGCGCUACUGUGUUUUACGCGAUGGUCAUCUCUUUCUUUACAGGGAUACGAAGAGUAGCAAAUUGGAUAAAACACUCCCUCUCAGCUCUCUGAAGUUUUACCGCGGAGUGAAGAAGAAAAUGAAGCCACCAACGAGUUGGGGUCUUACUGCCUAUUCAGAAAAGCACCACUGGCACAUGUGUUGUGAGAAUCAACAAAACCAAAUGGAGUGGAUGACCAGUAUUUUCAUUGCUCAGCAUGAUAAUGACAUCUGUCCACCAGCUGGAAAAGAACGGAAACGAUCAAUAACUAAAAACCCCAAGGUGGGAGGCGUUCCUUUAAUACCCAUCCAGCAGGAGAGAAUUCUUCCUUACAUCAGAAGGACUGUGGAGACUGGGAAUUUGGAACCCGAGAAGCCGAAAGACAGCGAAGCUCAGGGAAGAGAGGGGUCAGAGUCCAGUAUGAAAGAACGUGCCUCCAUGAUCGCCUCCUGCUUGGAACGCAAGGAGGACCGACUCCGAAAUCGGACCAAGAAGCACCGUAGCUUCAAUUGCCUGGAGGAACCCGGGCCCGCUACCCGGGGGCAUCCCCCGUUCCACAAGGACUCCAAGGCACAGAGAAAACCCGAUGAAAGGAGCAAAAGCGGUUUGGACUCAGAUCACAAGCUGCCAUCCAAAGUCAUCGAGGAAUUAAGCGUCGUGCUGCAGCGCACACGGACUCUCCCAAAGGACCCUUAGGGGCCGAAGCUGAGAGGAUUGCAGCACCCAUCACCAUUCCAGUUAAUUAUUGGAAUAAAGCCACAGAGCCACAAAGGACCGAAGAUACGAAAUGGCCUUGAAGUGGAUGGGUGUCUCUGUUUGUAGAUAGUAGAAAUGUUCAAAGUACUUGAAAAAUAUGUACAUGUGGAAAUUUAAUUUAAAUGGCUCUAAGCCUACAAGGUCUGUUGCAUUUGGAAGUGAGGCUAGUUGAAAACUGGGACAGGUCAGAGUUGGAAUCCACGAUUUCUGGGUGAAAGGAGUUUGGACAUUUUUGAAGGCUUGACUCAAGUGAGUAGCUAAGCUGAGUUUCUGACCUCUCGGUUUGAAGACACAUCCUCAGAGAGCAGAGAUCAAAAUUCUGUAUUCACCCAGAGUCGGUCUGGUUAUCUUGUGGGAUAUGAGGACAAGAAAAGCAUUUUGCACUUUGAGAAACCUUGUGUUCACUGGGCUGCUGUCUGGCAUUAGAGUCUGAAACUCAUUUAUGCGGUCUUAAUCUUCAAAUUAAGGGAAAUGCUGUCAUUGGUCACCAGCCUGUUGAAACUAGAAGUGGUGGGUGAAAGCGGCCCACAGAAGAAAUCUGAAAGGCAGGAAACAAUGAGGGAUGCUGGGUAUCAGAGGGAGGGAAGCUGGUUGCGUGACUUCCAAUAUUUCCAUUGCGCCCCUUACUACAUUAAACUGAGGCGGUCAUUCUCCAGGGCUCCGUUCGUGAGAGCAGAAUUCCUAACAGGAGAAAUUGGGUCCAAAAUUAAGACAACACCUGGCUCUCCCCUGGGAGAUCAGAGAAUCUGGUUGUCUUUGUAUUUGGUGGCAGAUACCCCGUCAUUUAUGCAGGUGGUUUGAAUCUAGAUCUCAAUGGCCUUCUUUAAACAAGAUGGAGGUUUCCCUCCAAUGUCUAACGAACCAAUGCUCACCACCUAAUUGCCUGAGAAUUCCUCAUCCCAUUUGGUCCUCAGGCCCAAGACUGAACUGACCACACUGUAGCAUUAUAGCCCCUCCAAAGAAGGCCAGCAUCUCUGCUUAAUCCUGAAGUCACACUAUCUGUCAGGCUGAUGUUCCUCUUGGGUUUAUUUUUCCUUCACUGCCCAUGUCUCUUCCCUAGAUUCCAGAACACUUAUUGCAUGAUCGACAACUUUUCCUCUUAGAAAUCCCACCCCGUCCCUGCCAGAUUGAGCAGUUUAAUGGAACGGUGCAGCCUGACUCUGCCUCAGUUUUACACGAUGAAUAGAUCGAUCGCUACCCUGCCACAGUCCAGAAAUCACGCCUCACACGGAAGGGGGCAGAGGAGGCGUUCUCUCUGAAUGCCAAGUUCUCAGCGACUGGCAUUUUGGGGAAAAAACUGAGAAAAACUGCAGGUAGUUUCCUAAGAUUUCACAGGGCUUUUGGCUUUUUUCUUAAAAAAAAAAAAGCCGAAACUACAACUCUUUUCAAGAAUGAAAUUUAUCUUUCCAACUCCCAAGAGACCAUUGUUAGUCUUAAUUUUCUUUCCUUUUUGGAUUUUUUCAGCAGGGUGACGCACUGGAGGACAUUAUUAUAACAUCCAGAGACUGGUCUCCUGGGUGGAAGCCCUGAACGCCCUGUCCUCUCUGCCCUGAUUGUGGAGUUCCCCACUAUCUCUCAUUUUGCAUUAAAAGCUUAAUUAAGAACUUGCCAUCAAUUAUUCAGGAAAAAAUAGAUUUUAAAAAUCUGAGCUAGUCUACCACCAUCACCAAUCUCUUCACAGAAGGAAAUCCAUCCUGAUCCAGUAGAGAGGUAUCAAAAUAGUUUUUUUUUUAAUGUUUACUUGAAACAGGUGCUGUCAGCUGUUCUGACAGAGACUAAAUGCUCCCAAAUCUAGGAUUCGUACGUUGUGGUGGAACAUUUCUCAUUCAAGUGUAAAGAUUUUCAGACCCUUUUUCCAAGCACUGCAGAGAAUUGAAUGGGGACUUGGCUGUCACUCAUUUCUCUGCUAACUAAAACUCAUUUCGGGAAUUGAGAAUCUGUUUAUUCCAAUUAAAUUAUUACUCAAUAUCCCACCAAUGCUGCACUGAAAACUCCAGUUGGAGGGGUAAGUAACUGAAGCGGAAAUAUAACGUGGAGACCCUGGGGUUCCAAAAGCUACUGAUGUUCACUGUUAAAGCCCCUUAUUUUACAAAAGUGAAACAUGACUGCAUUGUAUAUUUCAGAGAAUAAACAAUAUUUUCUUCAAAAAGUGA